CUCCCGUCUAUGCUGUAUGAAACUGCUCUCUUGGAAUAUCAACGGCAUCAGGCGUAUCCACGCAGACUACAAACGCAGACAGCCACCUGGCAAACCUACUUCUUUCGCUGCACUGCUACACAAUCUAGACGCUGACAUCAUCUGCCUGCAAGAGCUCAAAUCAGAACGCGCUCAUAUAGAUCCGAGCUAUGUUGAUGUCGACGGCUAUCGUUCGUUCUUCACCUUUCCUAUCGACAAGAAAGCUUACUCUGGCGUUGCCAUCUAUGUCAAGCACCCAUUCGCACCAAUUAGGGUUGAGACUGCCUUGUGCAGUCCUAGCUACGAUUCAUUCAAAGAAGAUCCUAUGGCAAUCGGUGGGUAUCCAAGCAGCAUCACGCAGGCAGAGGCACGCAAGCUCGAUAGAGAAGGCCGUAUCCUCCUUCUUGACUUUGGUGCAUUCAUCUUACUUGGCACAUACUGUCCUGCUGGCGCUGAAUCAGACGACCGCGUCGCUUUUCGCAGACUCUGGUGGAAAGCACUGAAUGAACGCUGUCGCAACCUCGUGGCUGCAGGACGACAAGUUGUCUUGCUGGGUGAUCUGAAUGUCCAUUGCUUCCCGCAAGAUACAGUAGAUGCAGAUGUUGACGAGUACACGCCAGAGACACUUGGCCCUGUCGGACAAUGUUUUCGACGGCUGACUGCAGAUGAUGGGCACUUGUAUGGCUCCGAGCCUCGCAUCUUUCUCGAUACAGCAAGACUUUUGUAUCCAGAGCGCGAGGGAAUGUACACAUGCUGGUCUGUACGACUCGCUGCACGACAAGGCAAUUAUGGCAGUAGGAUCGAUUUCGUCCUCAUCACAGAAGGUCUACGUCCAUUUUUGAGUAUAGCCGACACAUUGCCAGAUAUACACGGUUCAGAUCACUGUCCUGUGUAUGCGACGCUGUCUUUGACAACAGGAGAAGGUGCCACUCUACAAGUCUCUACCGUUGCAGAUAAUGUUGACCCCGGUAUCAGCUCUGCCCAGCAAAAGCUCUCUGCUUUCUUCAAAAAGCGAUCCAGUCCGCCACCUAUAGCAGCUGCAGCCAGUCCUCCUUCUCUCAAGCGGAAAACGUCAAGUAUUGGUGGAAGUGGCAAAAAGUCACAAGCAACGCUCUCUGCCUUUUUGACAGGGUCAAGCAGUAAAGUGGUCAAGGAGCAAGAAGAGGUAUGGCAGACAUUCGACCCGGGUGCAGCAGAACAAGCCUCACAAACCAAACAGCAAUUCUCAAGUCUCUUUAGCAAACCUGUCGUGCCAGUUUGUAGUGGCCAUCAACUGCCAGCAAAACGACAACGCACAAAGAAGAAGGGCGCCAAUAUGGGUCGUGAGUUUUGGAGUUGUAGUGUGCCACUCGGUCAAGGACAAUGUGACUUUUGGCGAUGGGUCAGAUGA